GAAGAGAGAGUCAUCAAAGCCAUUGUUCCUAGUCAGACGGGGAAGGAGGAGAAUCGACGGCACAAGGCCCGAAGCCUUUGUGUGCGUGUUUUUAUCAUCACGAUGGCUGAUUUGCGUAGACGUAACGGAGGAGGUGGUGGUGGAGGAGGAGAUUCCCACAGUAGUAAUCGAGACAAACAUGAUUCCUUGUUUCCAAAACCAGACACUCAUAUUGGGGACAAUGCUGCUGCCCCUCCUCCUGUUAGUAAUGUGAAGACAAAGCUUAUUGAGAUGGGAUUCAGCUCCUCUCUUGUCCACAAGAAAAUCGAUGAAAACGGUAUUCACAAAGGCGUGCAGAUGGACGAGAUGAUAGACUUCCUCGUUGCUGCUCAGUUAGAUGAAAAAUAUGCAGAAUCUUCCCAAGACAAUGGUAGUGACUCCAAUAGAGGAGAAAAUGAUGUUGUUGUUGUUCCCAGUGAAUUGCCACUUGACAAAACUUCACAGCUGUUGGAAAUGGGAUUCUCUCGUCAUGAAAUCUCAACGGCUAUUGAGAAGCUAGGUCAAGAAGCUCAGAUCUCUGACCUCGCUGAGUCUAUCAUAAUUGGUGAAGUUCCUGCUGAUAACCUUGAAGAUAUAGAAAAGAAAGUUUCAACAACUCGUGCAUGUCCUUCAAAUAGUUGGAGAUUUGUUGCCCAGGAAAAUGAGGGUUCCUCAAGGUGCACUGCCACCAAGGUGAGCAAAAGAAUAAAAGACGAAGAUGACGACUUUGAUAACAGAGGGAAACGGUUAAGACCAGCUAUAGAAACACCAAGGAUGCAACAAGACAGCGCAAUGCACAAGCGACCUUACGUUUUCUACGGAAACAUAGGAGAACUAUCUCCCAAGGAGUGGUCCAAGAUCUCAAGUUUCUUCUUCGGGAUUCAACCUGAGCAUGUAGACACUCGGUUGUGUUCAACUCUCAGUAGGAAAGAAGGUUACAUGCACAACCUUCCCGUCGAAAACCGGUUCCAUAUACUCCCAAAGCCAACUCGGAGCGCUCCUCCUCCUCCACCAAGCAUCAUCUCCUCACCUGAGAAUCUGGAGUGCAUCAUGGGGUAUCCACCAAACCACACUAACAUUGGUGGUGGUGGUGGAGCAAGACUGAAGCUGCUUGAUUAUUGCUUCCAAACGGACGCAUUGGGCUACCAUCUCUCCGUGCUCAAGCCUAUGUUUCCCCAAGGGUUAAGAGUUCUAUCGCUCUUCAGCGGAAUCGGUGGUGCGGAGAUAGCGUUGAGCCGCCUCGGGAUCCAUCUGAGAAGCGUGUGCUCUGUGGAGCCCUGUGGUUUGAGCCGUAGCGUGCUGAAGAGGUGGUGGCGGAGCUCGGGGCAGAGCGGAGAGCUUGAGCAGAUUGAGGAUAUAAGGAGCUUGAGGACAAAGAGGCUGGAGGCUUUGGUGGGGAGAUUUGGCGGGUUUGAUUUGGUCAUAUGUCAAAACCCGCCGACACCGACUGAUCUCUCUAGAGAAAGCUCGAGAGGCGGAGCGUGUGAGUUUGAUUUUACGUUGUUUAACCAGGUGGUUCGGGUCUCCAAACUUGUCAGAGGUUUGAUGGAGUCGAUUUGACCCCCAAGUGUCGUCUCUACGUCAAGACUUGUCUCAGUUUCAAUUCUUAACAAAGGAGAAUGAUUAACAACACUUGUCUAGAAAAAGAUAGGCUAAAUACGUUUGGUCCAAAGUAGAUUACAUUCUUGAAAGAAGCUAAGAUUAUAUGUUGCGUGUCCUUGGAUAAUGAGUAUUUUCUGCAAAGAUAAUCUUAGAUCUUCGUUUGUAUUGUUGCAGACUCCAUUUUACAUUCAUGAACCGUUUGCAUUUUUCUGACGCAUUGUUAUUCUUAAUCUUCUGAUACAAGAUUGACUCUUCUC